UGAGGCGUGUCAUCUUUCCGGAACAACUAAUGCUGAGACGACGGCCUAGAAAAGAGCCUCCCCCCCUUUCCUGGUCCAAGUACAUUUCGCCCUAAUCUGUUCCCAUUUUUGAAACCACGAAGGCUUCAAUAGUUCCCCAGUCUCUUUGACGAGGGCCAGAGGUUGGAACCGUCUUGAAAACUUGGAAUAAACUUGACGGUUCCAGAGCAAAGAUAAGUCUUCGCCGCGUUUGGAAGAGGUUCUGGUCGUCAUGAGUGUGAGCAUAUGUUGAGCAGUAAGUAAAAGUUCUCUUGUCUUGCCCGUAAAGUGGAACAACGACCUUCAGCGACCACCAACUAACCAAACAACCAACAUUUCGAGAGGUGCAAUUUUCCACUUCGUUCAUUGUCUGCACUCGUCAAAGAACGACGAAAAGCGAGAGGACCAGUGGUUAGUGCCAUUUUUCGUAUCUCCAUCGAAGAGCUGGCUCACGUGGAAGGUUUACGUCAUGGAUAUGUGGGUCAUUUGAUCGAGGGUCGCCGGUUCGAUUCUCAAUUACUUCAUAGCUAUUGUGCUCAUCCCAGUGCGAGUGAAUCGGGAGAUCAGGCCAUGUUCCACACAGAAAUUGGCUCCACCAGAAGAUUUUUAUCGGCCGAGGAACGGUUUUUGUCACGUGAUGACGAAAUGGAACCAACAUGGAGACAACGCGACAGUGUCUCAAACACUGGAUCAGGUUCGAGCUCACCUCGUGUAGGGAUCAUCCGACAAGGUAAAAACGACCCAGUGGAUCCGUUGCAAUAUGAUCCAUGGCCUGAGAAGCGGACGGUUCAGAAAAUAUUGGCAAAAAUUGAAGUGCACGCAGCCGAAAAUCAACCCGAGAACUGGAACAAGGCUAGAUCCGUGGUGAGAAAGAACAAAUGGCCAGACGUGGGAAAUUCGGCUGGUAAAAUAUCAUUGGUGUCGCAUGUGGCGAGUGUUCAGCAACGAAAAAGAGACAUUGAGAGUAGCCGUGGGAAAUUGAAAUCCAAAUCAUCUGAUAGACUCUUCAAGGGAUCGAGCUUGAGUACCGUGACCAAAGCGAAGAAUGAUCCAAGAUACAAUUCAGAUUCUUCCUUGUAUCAAGCAAACAAUGGAUUGCAAAUGUUUUGUGAACCCUGUGCCACCGAAGCGAAAGAUCUCUAUCAAGAGUUAGAUGAUCCAUCCGACUCAAGAAACAUGUCUGUAAACGAAGACACUUUAGACAAACCCACCAACCCCGAUUCAAACAAAGUCCCAAGUAUUAGAACCCUGUUGAUGAUGAAACGGGCUGCCAAGCGGAAAGAACUAGUCAAAGCUUCAUCCGGUUAUGUGUACAAUAACAGUGCCAAACCCUAACAAAAGGCAACACUUCUUUGGGACGAAGGGGAUCUUCCCGAAUUUGGGCUGGACCUGCCAGACGGUGGACCCACGGCUUUUCAAUGGAAGGGCGUGGAAUGCCUUAUGAAUGGUCUCUCUGGGGACCAACUCACCCGGCAAUUGAUAUCCCUUCACAGAGUCAUCAACAGCAAAGAUCGUCAUUCCUUGGCACAAAUGGUUAAAACCGUCGCAGAUCUGGAUCUUACGCUUCCCUUAAGAGGUGUGACGGCAUUAUCUUUAUCUCUAUUCAUUCGGCAACCUGCCAUCACCAAAGAUCUGCUCACCUAUCUACAUCGGUUGGGGCAAUUAUCUCGAGCGAUCAAUAUGACCUCUGUGGAUAACACUCAUCGUCGAGAGACUCCUUUGAUCACAGCGGCUCGAACCGGUCAAAGUGAAAGUGUGGAGUUGCUUCUCCUUUAUAAGGAUAUCUUGGACUUGGAAUCGAAAGAUGGCGAAGGUCGGACGGCCAUUUGGAAUGCUGUGAGGGAGGAGAACUUUGGGAUUGUCAUGCAACUGGUCGAGAACGGAGCUCGAAUCCAUUACGAUAAUGGUGAUCUCUCAUGUCCGUUGCAACUGGCAUGCAAAACGCACUUGUUGAAAGCUAGGGGCAAGCAAAUUGUCCGAUAUCUCGUGAGUCAUGGUGCCAAUUUGGAGUUUGUUGAUCACGCCCUCAGGAACGCGCUUUAUUGGGCCAUUUACCAUUCAUGCGGAGAAACGGCCGUGUUCUUAUUGAAGGCUGGGAUCAAAGUGAAGCCUUGGUUGUGGCUUGGGGACGAUGCAUUGCCAAAUUCCGUCCUCGAGGACAAGGCGAACUUGAGCCUAAUUCGGACUGUUCGGUCCGAACCUCGGGAACUAAAGAUCCUGGCCAGGACUGUGGUGAGGAAUUGGCUGAUUUCCCAAGCCAAUUCACGAUCCAUUUAUCCUCGGAUAGACAGUUUGUCCUUAGGGGAGAAGGGCAGAGCCUUACUUCGUUUGGACGAGAUCCUGAAUUUAAAAAUCCGUAGUAGUGGCACGACAGCAACUGCCGGUGGAACUGGCAAAACACGAGCAAAAUAAUGCUUGGAAAUAGAUGAAGAUUAGGCGUACAUUUGGCUCUAAAUUUUAGGCCUGGAAACCCCUUUCAAAAGGAGGUAUUGAGACACCUCUUUCGAUUUCGUGAUCUAAUUUGGGCUUCAAUGGCGUUAAUUGGGAUUUAUGGCUAGUAAAUCAACAUUGUUUCCUUUUCUCCGUCGUGUUAUGGUUCAGUUUUAGUGGGUCUAAAAAUACGCUUUGAUGACGCUUUUGAGGCUUACUCAUUCAUCUUCUCAUAUUAGUUUGACAAAUGCGAGGUUUUAAAUCAGAAAUAGAAGGCCAAAAGAAGGCCGACGGACAUGUGUAGUAAAAGUAUUACCUUCAGUAAUUUUCGAAAAGUUAUAGGCUUAUUAAUCCGGUUUGUGCGGCCUUAUUUUGUGAGUUUGUCGUGCCUCAAAUAAAAUACAA